AUGUUGGAUGCCUUGUUCAGUAUGGAUCCAUUGACUGUCGUUCUGGGUAUAUUGUCUGUCUUGUUUCUCUUAAAACUGAUGAAUGUUCCUGGCAAUGGUCCACCAGGACCUACCGGAUAUCCACUUGUUGGAAACUUCCCACUGUUUAUAUCUGGAAACGGACCGAAAUUAUUCGAUCAACUACGACAGAAAUAUGGUGACGUGUUCAGCUUACAGAUAGGCAGUCGACGCAUGGUGGUUAUCAAUGGCUACGAGGCUCUGAAGGAAGCAUUUGUAAAGCAAGCUGAUGUCUUCUCAGAAAGGCCGACAGCCGACUACGUCUCCAUACGGUCCAGCAAUGGCAAAGGUAUUGUCCGUAGUUCAGGGGAAUUUUGGAAGAACACAAGGGCCUUUAGCAUGCGAGCGCUGAGAGAAUUUGGAUUUGGAAAAAGGUCUCUGGAGACAAAAAUUCUCGAAGAGAUAUCAGUCUUUCUGGAAGUCAUCGGGAAAAGCAAUGGCGACGCCUUUUCCUUAGGGACAAUUGCACAGAUCAGUGUGUCAAACAUCAUUUGUAGCAUUUGUUUUGGUGAGAGGUACACACAUGAUGACCAGAAUUUCAAGAAGCUUAUGACGAUGAUAGACAUCCAUGUAAAACUACUUUCCAAAGCGCGCAUUGCAACAUUCUUUCCAGUGGUCAGAUAUAUUCCUGGUGAUGUAACUGGAGUAGAGGCGAUGGGUGCGAAUUACGAAAAUAUAAAGCGAUUUCUACAAGAACAAAUAGACAAACACCGGGCUACGUUUCAAAUAGACAACGUCAGAGACCUCAUCGACGCCUUCAUAUUGGAGGAAAUGACUCGUGGGAAGACCGAUUACUUGGAGGAUGAAAAUUUGGCAGUAGUGUUAAACAAUUUGUUUGUUGCUGGAACUGAAACAACAUCUACAACAAUCAAGUGGGCUAUCUUGUUUCUUAUUUCGAACCCACACAUACAGACUAAAUUACGUAAUGAAAUUAACGACGUCAUAGGAUUGUCAAGGGCGCCAUCGAUGACGGACAAACCGGAAAUGACGUACAUGGAUGCGUUCAUGCAUGAAACAUUUCGAAUGGGUAAUUUAGUACCAUUCUCUCUACCACACGGGGUCAAGCAGGACGUCAAUUUCAAGGGUUACACUAUACGUAGGGAGGACAUUGUGGUUCCUAACCUUGACUCCGCCUUAUUUGACGAAUCCAUGUUUGAAGAUCCUCGUACCUUCAACCCAGACAGAUUUAUCGGCGAAGACGGAAAGCUCAACGGAAAAGAGCACACAGUUUUAGCAUUUUCUUUAGGAAGAAGAGUAUGUUUCGGCGAAAGUCUAGGGAGGAUGGAAGUUUUCCUGUUCCUGACGUCGUUGCUUCAAAGAUUCAAGCUUCUACCAGAAGAUGAUAAAAGCCUACCAUCACUUGAACCUAUAGCCGGAGUAGUAAAUCACCCUCAAGAAUUCAGGUUCAAGGCCAUCAAAGUAAACUAACCAUUGUAUGAUGUAGUUCCGGAUUAUAAACUUACCACUGUAUGAUCUAGUUCCGGAUCAUAAACUAAUUACUGUAAGAUAUAGUUCCGGAUCAUAAACUAAUUACUGUAAGAUAGAGUUCCGGAUCAUAAACUAAUUACGGUAAGAUAUAGUUCCAGAUCAUAAACUAAUUACUAUAUGAUCUAGUUCCGGAUCAUAAACUAAUUACUGUAAGAUAUAGUUCCGGAUCAUAAACUAAUUACUGUAAGAUAGAGUUCCGGAUCAUAAACUAAUUACGGUAAGAUAUAGUUCCGGAUCAUUAACUAAUUACUAUAUGAUCUAGUUCCGGAUCAUAACUAAUUACUGUAAGAUAUAGUUCCGGAUCAUAAAGUAAUUACUGUAUGAUCUAGUUCAGGAUCAUAAACUAUUAACUGUAAGAUAUAGUUCCGGAUCAUAAACUAAUUACUGUAAGAUAUAGUUCCGGAUCAUAAACUAAUUACUGUAUGAUCUAGUUCCGGAUCAUAAACUAUUUACUGUAAGAUAUAGUUCCGGAUCAUAAACUAAUUACUGUAAGAUACAGUUCCGGAUCAUAAACUAUUUACUGUAAGAUAUAGUUCCGGAUCAUAAACUAAUUACUGUAUGAUCUAGUUGGACCGAGACCACAAUUAGCUUCGCUAUAUGUUUCAUUGUAACAUUAAAAUUCAUAAUAAAUUCC